GGGGGGGUGGGGUGGGGACAGGUGUCCCCCUGAAAUAGAGCGCAAGCUGCAGCCUGAGUUUGGCCGUAACCCAGGAAAUAACGUCAGAGACAGGUAAGAAUGACCACUUUAACUCACCGGGCCCGUCGUACAGAAGGAGGGAAGAACUCUGAAAAGAAGGUGGAAAGUGAGGAAGACACUAAUCAAGACAGAAGUCAAGACAAUGAGGACACUGAAGACUCUAAGGAUAUCCGCCUCACGCUUAUGGAAGAAGUAUUGCUCCUGGGACUAAAAGAUAAAGAGGGUUACACAUCUUUCUGGAAUGACUGCAUAUCAUCUGGCCUGCGAGGGGGCAUCCUGAUAGAGCUGGCCAUGCGAGGUCGAAUCUAUCUAGAACCCCCCACCAUGCGUAAGAAGCGACUACUAGACAGAAAGGUACUACUAAAGUCAGACAGCCCAACGGGUGAUGUUUUACUGGAUGAAACUCUCAAACACAUCAAAGCAACUGAACCCACAGAAACUGUCCAAACAUGGAUAGAGCUACUCACUGGUGAGACCUGGAACCCUUUCAAAUUACAGUACCAGCUGAGAAAUGUAAGAGAGAGAAUUGCAAAGAACCUAGUAGAGAAGGGUAUUCUAACCACUGAGAAGCAGAAUUUCCUCCUAUUUGACAUGACUACUCACCCAGUGACCAAUACAACAGAGAAGCAGCGACUAGUGAAAAAGCUUCAAGACAGUGUCCUAGAGCGGUGGGUAAAUGACCCUCAGCGUAUGGACAAGCGAACACUAGCACUACUGGUGCUAGCCCACUCCUCUGACGUGCUAGAGAAUGUCUUCUCCUCUCUGACAGAUGACAAGUAUGAUGUGGCAAUGAAUCGGGCCAAGGACCUAGUGGAACUGGACCCUGAGGUAGAGGGGACAAAGCACAGUGCCACAGAGAUGAUCUGGGCUGUGCUGGCAGCCUUCAAUAAAUCCUAAAGCCAGCAGGUGGGUUUCUCCUUUUCCCUUACUGGCCAGUGACUGUCAGAGACACCAUCAGCAAGCUUUGUGUGAUGAGAUGUUUUCCAUCAUGUUUUUUCCUUCUCUUGAAUCAAACUCGUUAUUUGGGGAGAGCAACUUCAAGGCUCCUGUAUAGACUUUGACUAUUAUAAGCAGACUUUAUUUUUCCCUAUACUUCCACUCCAGAGGUGAAUAAACUGGGUGAACCAACACACACCCAAUAAAUAUUUUCUCUCAUUUCUUGGUUUACUUCCAUCUAGUGUGCUUUUGCAUUAGCAGGAAUAUCUAAGUGAGAUUUGGAUUUCUCUAGCCACAGAAUGUGAAUGAGAUGUAGAGCAAACCAUUUAUCAUAUAUUUAAAAUUUUAUUUUCCAUUUUAAAUAUAUGUUUUCAGUCUGUCUCUCAGGCUCUGCUAAGUAAUGUAGCUUGUUGAAGUAACCAUCUCUUUGAAUAAGGGGCAAUGGAAACAAAACUAAUUUUCGGAGCAUAUGGUCUCUGGGAUAUAAACGCGUGUCCCGCUAGUGGUUUUCUCAUUUUUCCUUUUCUAACCUAAUGAGAAUAUUCCAAAUGUGAUUACCUGGUUCUCACAGUCCUACAACCAGAAAUAUAUUCUCUACUCUCUCUCAGCAUUAUCCUACUCCAUCAUUCAUUAGAACAGAAGUCUAAAUGAAAAAAACGUAUCUCUCAACCACCUCCUUCAAGCAGUCAGCAAUACAAUUUGCAAAGGGAGGUGGCAUCAGAAUUUCCUCUCUUUAGCACAUGACUAUCCUGAUUCCUCCUGACUACUUUAAAUGUCCCUGCUCUGAUUGAAUUUAGGGAGUUGUAAAUUUCAAUUGCAGAAGGCAGCAUCCUGAGUCCAGACAAUAUAUCUAAACUCUAGAUCUUCUUGUUCCCUAUUUUGGCUUCCUACAUAAAUUGAUAGAUUCUGUCUAUAUUUAAGGGUUCUGGAGGUACUUUUAUCUAUAUUUAAUCCACAGAUACCCUUCUAGUCAUUAGUCUUGUCUCAACACAACCAUCUGUCUAACCAAAUCGCUAAAACAUUUUUUAAUUCAGUAGUGAAUGCAAACAGAAGCUUAGUAAGAAAAAUCCUGUUUAGAAGGGCAAUUUGUUCUUAAAAGCAUCCUGAUAUAAAGUCCAGUAUUUGGGAAUAUAAAGAGGACAGGCACCAAACUGUGCUAAUGUCAAGCAUUUGUUAUGCUGAUACUUUUAAUGGAUCUUGCCUCUUGACAGCUACAGAGAAACGGGCUAUCAAAGGGCUAAUACAGAUGAUCCAGACCUGACAUCAAAUCUUCCUGAUCAGAAGUAAUUAAAUGAAUGAUUGUAACUUCAUCUUCUCCCCUAAACCUGUCUAGCUCCACAAAAUUCCCAACUCAAUUAACUUUCUUUUUUCACUUUUAGGUAUCACUUAGGUGACUAGAGAUAUAAAUUUUAAAGUGAAACAAAUUCUUAAAUGUGAAGCUGAGUAGAGCUUCAGUCUGGCUCUCUAAAAGUAUAAAAACCAGUCCCUGGUUGCCUCUACCUGACUUAGUUUUUUCUUUCCAUAUGAAAACAAUUCAGCAUGAAUUGAAACCAGGUUUUCCUGUGGAAAGUUUCAGCUUGAUUGGGAGAGUAGAAGUUGAGUUCUUUCUAGCAACUCUUGGUCAGUGUUUAUUUUUAUAUUGUAUCUCGAUAAGAUGAAGAUGUCUUCAGUUUGAAUCUGCAUAAUGUUCAUUGCAAAACACCUUUUCAUUUAAUGCAUAUGGCCUUCACAUUUCUGUAUAAUAAAGAUUAUUGUCUCUGGUAUCUCUGUGCAGUUUUACAACUUCAGUUAUUUUAACUGGAAAUGAGAACUUUUCACACAAGGCCAGUAACACUCCCGGUUUACACUAGGAUACUAGCCUCUGUUUCAUCCUGUGUGGAAAAUUAGGCAUACACAAAUAUUACAAUUGUAACAUAUAUAUACUGGAGGGCAGGGCAUGUUAAGUCUAACCCGAACACCAGCUAAUGUAAAGUCUGAAUAGUGUCUCCAUCUCAAGCAAAAUAAGUUACCCAAUUACACCAUUAUUACCAUGAAAAUAAUGAGUAUAUUCUAUCCUAUUAAUAACUACUUGCACGUGACACGUGAACUUACUGAAGAGCUGAAAGUCUUAGGUUGCAAGUGUAGGUAACAUACCUAACUAUAACAGAGUUAACAAUGUGUGAAAAGAAAGAUAAUUGAGCUUGUAAUUGGCUUCUUGUUCUUCACUUUUAUAAUGUCUACAGCAUAAAGGACAAUAAGAAAUGUAUUUACUAGGAUUGUUUAUACUUGUUAUUUUUAUUUCAGAAAAAGUAUAUUGUUUUCCCAUAAGUCAUCCUUUGUAACAAUGUUUCUCAAAAUGUGGUGCAUCAAAAUAACCUUUGUGGGAGUGAGUACUUUGCCAAAAUACAGGUUCCUAGUAAAUCAGUCUCUGGGGUUGGGGGCUUAGGAAGCUGCAUUUUAAACAUAGUCUUACACGUUAAAAUAAGCUUACACGUUAAAAUUUGGGAACACUGCUUUAUAUUUUAUUGCCUAUAAUUCAUUCAUCCAAAAAAAUAUUGAGUACUUACAAAUUAAAUGGCACUUGCUAGGUGUGACAAUAAAAAAAUUGUGUAGGACACAAUUUCGGCCCCCAAGAACUCACAUUUAAGUGGGCAAAUAAGAUACUUUGUGAUAAAUGCUCAUGU